AUGUGUACUGGAAAGUGUGCCCGCUGCCUGGGGCUCUCCCUCAUCCCUCUCUCCCUGGUCUGCAUCGUGGCCAAUGCCCUCCUGCUGGUACCUGAUGGGAAGACCACCUGGACGGAUGGCAACCUCAGCUUGCAAGUUUGGCUCAUGGGUGGCUUCAUUGGAGGAGGCCUGAUGGUGCUGUGUCCUGGAAUUGCAGCGGUCCGGGCAGGGGGAAAGGGCUGCUGCGGUGCAGGUUGCUGUGGCAACCGCUGCAGGAUGCUGCGCUCCGUCUUCUCCUCCGCCUUUGGGGUGCUUGGCGCCAUCUACUGCUUGUCAGUGGCGGGAGCUGGGCUCCGAAUCGGACCCAAAUGCUUAAUAGGCAACAAGUGGGACUACUACUUCCAAGAAACCGGAGGCGCUUACUUGCGAAAUGACACUCUCUGGAAUUUAUGUGAGGCGCCACCUCACAUAGUACCCUGGAAUGUGACACUCUUCUCAAUUCUGGUGGUCGCCUCAAGUCUGGAAGUAGUGCUGUGUGGAAUACAGCUGGUGAAUGCAACCUUUGGCGUGUUGUGUGGCGAUUGCCGGAAAAAGGAGGGCGCAGCUCACUGAGUUCCAUAGGCCACCCCUAAUACCUCAUUUCUGGAAAUCUGAGUGGUCACCCAUUCCCUGGUUGGCCAGGAACACCCUUCCCCGGUUCUGGUUUAACCUUUGGAAAGAGUGUACAUGGGCCUUCAGAGAUAUGUGUCUAGGCUUGGGGCUUCAACGUGCACCCUCAAUGCACUCCCAACCCCCACCCCCUCUUGUUAUUCUCUUAACAACAGAAUAGUUAUUGUUCUGGAAAUAAAAUUCUGUGCUCUCAAGGAA